AUGUCGCAAGAAUCAGAAAACAAAAAUGACACCAACAAUAACACUACUGGAAGGAGUGAGGAAGGAAGUGGAAAUAUCUGUCGUGAUUAUCAGCGUGGUGUGUGCUCUCGGGGAUCAAAGUGUAAAUUUAAUCACCCAGAUGGUAUGGGAACAGAGGUUACAAACAGCCCAAUGAUAUGCAGAGACUUUCAAAAUGGAAAAUGCAGCCGUUCAACCUGCAAAUAUUUACACCUUUCCAAUAAUGAAGAGAAGAUAUUUCUUCGCACUGGUCAAAUACCUCCAAGGCGAGAUGGUCCCUUCCCAUUUAGAGCAAGAGGAGAACAAACCCGUGCAGGACCAAAUGAUCCUGUCUGCAAAGAUUUUCUGAACAACAAGUGCACAAGAGGGCAAGGCUGUCGUUAUCGUCAUGUUUUUGAAGAGGAAGGAGAAUUUAUGGGCCAUGGUUAUAAUGGUCAUCCCAGUAAACGUCGCCGCGAUUCUUAUGAAGGACACAGCUACUACUACCUCAUGGAUGAAAAUGAAUCACUGCGUCGUCGAAUAUCUGAUCUCCAAAGGCAGGUGGCUGACCUGAAGGCCACCAACGAGGUUCUUUUGGAACAAAAUGCAAAGUAUCGCAAUCAGAUAGGGGAACGCAGUAGCUAUAAUGGUAGUGGAGGUAGCAGCAGUUCAAGGCCAGGUGAAUAUUCAUCAACAUAUGGUUCAAACCAGUCUUACAGCACUUCUUAUCCACCAAGGGAGACCUACUCUUCAAAGGAUGCAUACAGCAGUUAUGCCCCUCCAAAAGAUCCAUACUCUACAACCAGUCAAAGUGGUUCAUCUUACAGUGGAUCAGGAAAUUACACUUCAAACUCUGCCUAUGGUGCUGGUUAUACUAAGUUUGAUUAGAGGGGCGAAUGCUGUUUUUUUUUUUUUUAUCUAUUUCUUGGAACUUAACAUGCCCUAAACCACAAGUAAUAGACAACAUGAGUUUUAAGCACACUCAGUUUUGCAUCUGAUCAGCAGUUCAUGUCUUAGUUGGUCGGGUGUCUACGUGUGACAAUUGUGAUCAUUUUAAUUUUGCUCCUUGAGAAAACACAUGCAUUUAGAUGAUGUAUGACAGUCACAAGAACUGGACUGUAUCUAGAUAAAACUGGGCAGUUUUUUAUGGCCCAGGAUAAUUGGACUUUUAUUACGAUACUUAGUACUCACUUUUUUUAAACACAAUUGUUGUAGUUGUCUGAGUUGACAUAGCAGGCCUGUUUAUUCUGUUUGUAUUAUUAUCGGCAACUAGUUAUCAUUGGAUAGGUCUUUCCAUGUAAAGUGAUGGCUCAUUAGUGACAAGAACAAGUAGUGGUCUUGGAGCCACAAAUAAAGUUUCAUGGAAAGUCUAUUGAAAUUAUUUCAGACAAUAUGGACAAUGAAGGAUUAAAUGAGUAUGCAUAUCUAAAUGAUUGAUCCUUUCUCCUUAACCUUUGACUUUAUAAGUGAUGUUAGAUUUAAUAUUUGACAUCCCAAAUGUGAAUUUAAUGCAAAAACACAAGUUUUUGGUAUAGGAUGUUUGGUUAACUCCCUUUAGUGAUUAACUUAUAACAAUUGAUUAGCAUGUAACUUCUCUCUAUACACUAGCGAACAGGUGAUCAAGAAUACUCAAAUUUGUCACGUAGAAGUCAUUUUCAGGAUCUGACACCAAACUCUUGGAACUAAUUUUUCAAGGAAGUAUGUAGUGACUUGAGGGAAGAAUUUAAGGAUGGAAAUAUUGGUGAUAGAAGUGGAGACACUACUAGUGAGGUAGUGUGGCAUUACCCUCCAAGUUUUUAUGAAUGAAUGAUAUUUGGUGUUAAAAAUUAUCUGAAGGAUUCCUGUCUUUUUAGUUAAUUUUUUAUUCUUUAGCAUAAAAUGUUACUUACACACUUGUUAAUUUAUGGGAGUGUGAGACUCCAUCAGUCACUGUGUCUUUUUGUCUAUUCUGCUAGUAAACCUUUUGUUGAUUGUUACCCACAGCUCACUAGUCAAUGGUGGAUGGGUAGUUGAAGUUUAAACCCCAACUGAACAGCUUGUUUGUUUGUUUGUUUUUUCAGACUUUGAAAAGAAAUGUUGUCUGGGUAGUUGAAACUUUUUCUUUAAUGUGACCAAAAUCAUGAUUAAUCAAAUGUACUUUGAUCAUGGUUUCAUUUCUUUGUAGGGGGUCUAUUGUCUAAAAAUGGUUUCAUUACAUACAUGCAGUUGCCAUGUUUGAGAAGGGUGAAUUUACUUUUUACUCAGCUGGGCCUUGAUGCUCAAAGGCCAAUUAGUGCUGACCCAAUGUUAAAUUUUAACCUGGGUUUCUUUAGAUAUAUAUUCAAAAGCCUUUUUGAGAUAAUAUUCUGUAUCCUUUUUAGAGCAUCCAAUAAUUAUAUUCUAGACAACAAGAAUUCGACUGAAUUUUCUUAUAAGCUUUCAAAUCUGAAAUCAGAUUUCACACCAACCCUGGGUUAUCUAAAACUCAGCUUUGAACAACCUGGCCCUGGUUUACACAAGCUGAACGGAAUCUCAGACUGUUGUGUGACCAAGUGCUCAGAUCAUUUCAGUCCUCACAGUUUUUUUUUUGCUUUUAUCUUAAACUCGAGCAUGCACUUUAUAAUUACCAUUCUCCCCUUCCUGCAGUAAAAGGUGUACAUCCUUGUCAGGACUAUUUCUAAUGACAUGAGCAACAAAGAGUUUAUUAGGUAUUUUCAGAAGACAGGGAGUCCGUCUAGAUGAUCUUAUAUCCCUAUAAUUGAUUUAAAUUCGACGUAGGAUAGACUGGAAUCUUGCCAAAAAGUGAUCUUAAACGCAAGAACCAAAGGCUUGUCUUACGAAUAUAAGUAGUUCAAGAGCCGGAUGGGUCUCGACAUGUGCACGUUCUAUGUCGAUAUUUGCACUUCGUUCAAACGGAAGUAAUGAGAGAAAAUUUUAGAAACCUUUUCUAGUUCGAUUUAUUUGGUUGUAUUUAUGGAGAUAUUAAGUUGAGUGUUUCUCUUUUAAAGCUGGAAAGCCUUAAGAUGCGCGCAGAGCGCUGGGGACGAUGGAAAUAUGUCUGGAAUGCUUUCGUAAUGUGCAGAACCGUAAUUUGAUAACGGCUUUAGCUCUGAUACAGCGCGUUGGUGAUCCUAGACGCACGCAUCAAUCUUUUGCCGAACUAUGACGCAAGCCCAAAUUGCCAAGUUGAAGAUUUGCUGUUAUUAAAAUCAGCUCUGACGGAAGUAGUACAGAAACUUUCUUUCCGCAAAAUAAUUUUAAAACGAUAGCCCAUUACUCAGCUUACGACUUCCGCUCAUGCAUUCCAUAUAAGGGACUUGAAGUGGAGGCAAGCGCCUGGUGAUGUGACUUCGCACUUGCGCCCAGUUUUAUUUGGAUUACCUGGUGUGUUGUAAUUUCUUGAAGGUGGAAUACGAGAUCACUGAAGAACAGAAUACACUUUGGAUAACCAGGUUAGUACUGAUUGCCAUAUUUGAGCGCGCGAACUGCAUCACGUUUGAAAGUUGAUCGAUGCUAUCGGCAACUACCUAACUUCUCACUGCAUCUUUGUCGAUUAAGAUUCGUUAUUUUCUUUCAUUUUAAGUUGUAUCCUUUGGCAAACAUUGUACUCGUUUCUAAAGUCAUCUGAUCGCAUUCAUUACUCUGAAAAACCUUAUCGCGACGAAAUUCGGCAAUCGCAAUGCUGACACGAACGUCGAACAAAGUCAACUGCUGACACCCGACUAGCUAGGUAAAAUUCAUUUCCUCCUAAUUAAUUUUGAGUACUUCAUGAGCGUCAUAACUAGCAAUCGUUAUUUUGAUUAUGAGUGCUUACCAGAUAGUCAUCAAAACUCGGGAGGUUCUGGUUUCACGCUAGGUUUUGCUCUCUAAAAUCACAGGGCAUAAGUUUCUUGAUCUCGGCGCCGGGUUAUUCGAGGUCGAAGACCAUCGAUUUAGCUGUCGUAAACAAGUUUCCACCCGGAAGUGAAAGAGGGAAAGAUAGGUUACACGUUUGUAUACAGCUUCAACAAAUGCUGUAGAGGAAAGUAAUAUCCGAAAUAUUCGUCAGUACCUUAACAGGGAUUCAAAACUACAUAUUGUCGGUUCAGGAGCGCUAUUUCUGGCUGUUAUUUGAAAGGAAAAGCGCAUUGGUAACCUUUCAAGUCUCUAAUAGUUUUAUUGUCAGCCAAAAUCGCAAUAACGAACUCGAAUGUGAAAAUAUCGAGAGAGAGAGAUUAUAAGCGCAAUGACGUUUUCCUCGGCUAUUAUGAUUAAAUCAGCCUGGUAACUUCUUGUACACUUCACUGCCUAAAAUCUGCUACUCCACCCCUAGUAAAAAAAGAUAUAUUUCAUUUGUGUGAAAUUAAAUUUUUGUUACUCACAAUAUUAUUCAUAUACCAAAAACAAUCUUAAAUUGUGUAAAUCAAAAUUGAUCACUUGCCAGCAGUAAUAUUAUCAGAUCCUAUAUUGUAUUUAUGAAUCUGCUCUUUCCUAAUUUACCCUUCUUAAUAGGCAAUGCAUUCUCAAGAUCUUGGGAAUGAUGAAGCCUUCGUGAAUGGUAAGUGUAUUGACACAUGUAGAAAAUUAAUUCGAAAGUCUUGAAGCAUUUUGGAGUGGUAAACAGUCAUAUUCGUACAUAAUUUGGAAUGAUAAAUUUUAGUAGCUGAGUGAAUGUUGGGUUGUAUAAACACAGUGACAUUCUGAUGAAUGAAAUGAACUGCUUUUGAUAAUUAAAUGACGCAUCAGAGAGCUAUUCAAUUGAGUAAUUUAACACCAAAGCCAAAGUAAUGAGCAAUAGCCAAUCAAACUAAUGAAAAUUAUCAAAAGGAACCAAUAAAAGUAAAAACAAGCAUUCAACUCCUUUAAGAAUGGGAAAAUCAUGAGUGACCAAGUGGUAAUUGGUUUUCCUUUUGCAUCUGAUCAAUGAAAAUGAUGGUGAGAAUUUUCUGCACUAGUCACAGAAUGAAAUAAAGUAAUCCAAUGCAGUCAUGUCAUUUUCGACACAUGGUCAAGAUUACCUUUUCAGUCAAGGAAUAUGCCCCAUACAACAAAUAUUUUUGAGCUCUUGCCAUGCACUGCUUUGAGUUUUUGCAUGUGGCUACCUUCGUAAUAAAAUUUGGAAGCAAAUUAUAAUUUUUCUUGGAAGUAAUUUUUGCAUUUUUUGGGGGAUACUAAAUAGAUGGCUAUUCAACCUGUCUAUGUAUGUAUGAUAAUGUAUGUAUGUAAUGUAUGUGUUUGUAUUGAAGAAAUUUUGGAUUAAAUGUUGUUGAUGUUUGUUAUAGAUCCUUUGAUUGUCAAGGCAAUUAUCCCACCAAGAGUUCAGAACGAUGUGAGUGUAAAGCAAAAUUUUAGAAAAAGAGAGAUUUUUUCUUUUAUAAUGAUCCACUGUAUGGUAAAUUGGAAAUUUUGUGGAGAAAUUCUCAUUUCUUUGAAAAUAUAUUUCAAAGUCUUUGUAGAUUUAAAUUUUUACUGUUCAGUAUGAAAAUUUAUAUAUUUAUAUUGUCUUGAAUUCUUAAAUGAAUGUUGCAUGAUACAUUUUGUUUAUGUUCAGUUUAUAAAUGGAUAAUAAAAUUCUCUAAUUUCAUAAAAUAUCUGUUGACAUUCAAUACACAAAUGCAAUGAGAAUAAAUGGAAGAUCCUAAGUGGAUGUCUUUGAAUCUUGCAGGUAAAAGAGGAAAUAGUGAUUGUUUUUAAUAAGCGCUUACCUUCAAAAUUAAGAAGUCCAUUUUCUGUUGAUUUUGUGGGGACGGCUGGUGCAGUUCAAGUAUCUGCCAAGCAGUUGAACAGCUCAACCCUGAUUUUGGAGACACCAGGUGGGUACCAAGUCAUAGGUGGCUAAAGUUUUUAAGAGAUGUGCACUUGGUGUAUUUCCAACAGAAUAAAGAGUGCAAAUCCUGUGUCUGCUUUACCUCCCAGUGGUUUGGCCACGGAAGGGGCAGAGAGGGGGGGACAUUCUGAGGUUUACCAAAGUCAAUUUUUCCACCCUUAAAAUUAGAUAUCAGAAGCUUUUUUGUUUUUUUUUUCAGUUGGCCAGCGUUUUAAGCAUGAUCUAUUCAAGUAGGCAUAUGGGUAGUCAUAUUAACAACCACCUGGUUGUCAACAGGACUGAAAAUUGAUUAUCAGUGCCCAGGUUAAUGUUAAGGCUAGUCACAAGCAGGCAGGCAACUCACUUCAAGUCUUGCCUUAAUAUUUGUGUGAUCCAGAACUCAAGAUGUGAAGGUCUAUGUAGUUGAUGACUUUUUAAUGGGCUUGACUUUUAUUUUAGGAGUUGGACUUUUUUGUGUUCAGACAAAUUAUUCCAAUCUGGUAACUAAAACAAUAAUACAUAUUUGCCAUUUGGCAUUUGGCAUCUAUAAAAGUAAAUUCUGGUCCAUUAUGGCUGGUAUAGACCAUCCAAAAUAAUAACUCCAUCUCUUAUUUAUAUAUUAAUGUUAGCCUCGCAAAAAAACUGCCAUGCUGUAGCAUUGUAACAUGGACUUAUAUCUUUUAUUUCUUAAGAAUAUCCAGUGGCCAGUGUUGUGACAGCCUAUGUCUAUCAUGGAAUAAAUCGUAGAUUGUUAGGCCAACACACAUUUGAAUUUCUAUCAAGAAGUGACACCUUCUAUAGACUGCUGUACACAGAACUGGAUCCUGUCAAGUUCAUGUGUGAAUCGCUGAGUCUGUCCUCAACUGAUGUCCUAAGUCUGGAUUGUGCUUUGGCAGACACAUUUACCUCAAAUGCUCCUGAAGGAUUCAAUUUGCUAGGUAUCCACAAGAAUACUGAAGGUGAGAGUUUCAUUGCAUGGAGGUGAAAGAUUAUCUUUAGUUUGAGCCAAAAUUGUUUGACAUUCACUUAUUCAGCUUUCCUGUUCAAUUUACAUCAUUUAUUAGUGAUUUUUAUAAGUUAUUUCUUACUAAGUAUUAUAUCUUUUGUCAGCUGGAGAAUCAACUGCUGAGCAUCCGACUCUUCUGCACUUUGCAGCACAAUUUGGAUUAAGCAGGCUCAUUGCCACCCUUUUACAUUAUCCUGGAGCUCAAGAGGCUUGUGCUAUAAAGAAUUAUCAUGGGAAAUGGCCAUACAACAUUGCAGAGGAUCAUGGUUUUAAACAAUUGGCAGACAAUCUGCGUACUUUCCGUGUAAGUGUUAGCUCAGCUUGAUUCAAAGUGUAAAUUAAAUAGUGUUGUAAAUUAUUUACACAUUAGCCACUAAUUGUGCAAUUAUAAAAAGAAAAUGGUGAUUUUAUUAAAUGUAGAUGUGAUCCUAUUUUUUUAAUUUAAAUUAUAGUAUAGUGUUUCUAAUAAAUCAAGAAAUUGAAGAUGGAAAAUUUUGAAGAUGUUCUAUGUUUUUUACAAGCAUGGACAAAUAAAAGAAUUUGAGUCUAGUUAAUUUAGAACUCUAUAGCUAGCCAUAGAUCUUGGGAUUUCAUUGUCCAUUUACAAUGAGCCAGGCAGAACUUAUUGGUAAGGAAGAUCUUAUAGCUAAAUAGGGGAUCAGAAAUGUUGAUAGGAUUGUUUGAAAGUGUACUUGACAACCAUUAGCUCAAAAUACCCCUCUCUUUUAAAGAGUUAUCCCUAGUUAAUAACAAUGGUAAUGAUAGUGAUGGUACUUUUGCAAAGACCAUAAUGAUGAUGAUGAUGAUGAUGAUGAUGAUAAUAAUAAUAAUAACAGGAAUAAAUUUAAUUAAUUACUGUAGUUAUUAUCUUUAUCAUUAUUACUAUUGAUGUUUAUAUAUAUUUAUUGAUUAUUUACAUCAAGGACCAAGGAGAUCCAAAUCAGAUCUAUGCUGACAUGGGUGAUGAAGAUGGUUACUAUGUCAAAAUGCAAAAGGAUGAUGGUUCAUACAACUAUGUACCCAUGGGAAGAGAGGGCCAUGGACUGUAUAUGUAUAUGAAAGGAAGGAAGUACAUAAAUUUGGACAAACAAGAGGAUGAGGCUGGUUAUUAUGUGAAGAUGCGCAACAGUGAUGGAUCUUAUAAUUAUGUUCCUGUAAAGGGAGAGGAAAGCCACAGUGGUAAGUUAUAUGAAGAUGUCAGUGAGAAAGGGAAGUACAAGGUCACUCAACGAUACACGGAAUCUGGAGAGAAUGAAGAAGAGGAUGCAACAUAUGCAAAUUAUCAAGCUGAAGUUGGCGCUGAUGAGGAACUUUAUGAAGCAAUGGAGGGCAAUCCUGAAGGUGAAGAAACACAAGAUGAUUUUUACAUGGACAUGGAAAGAGAACGAGGAGAAGAGGAUCCCUCAGAAUUUUACACAUCAAUGGAGUCUGUGGGUAAGUUGAUAUAUUAAGUACUAUAAAGAUGGGAAAAGAGAGCAUUUUAGGAGCUUGGUGAUUUAGUGAAUGAUUAAUAUGUUUUUCAUUUAGUGAAACAACCUUACUUAUAGUAUUCAUUAAGCAAAAAAAAGAAAUUCUAAGUGCUCCUAACAGCUGUUGAACCAUGACCUUCUAAUAUGUAACUACACGUGGUCUCUGGAUGCUAAAGAAGACUUGAAGAUUCAGCAUUUAAUAUUGGUCAGUGUUACUUUUGUGCAGUGAAUAGGUUAUAUAUUUCUGUUAAUAAUAUAUAGUAUUGCAAACAUUCACCAAUUGUCUCCUGUACACAUUUUGCCUUUGAACCUACAAAUUUGUAAAUGUUCCUGAACACUUCAUCUAUUGUAUAUUUAACUCUAAGAAGUAUAUAAAUUAAAUUAUAUAAUUGAAUUAAUAUAGCAAACUGAAAAAUUAGAAAGAACAACCUUCUAGUGUGUCUUAAAUUCUGUUAGGGAGUAUAUUUUUCAAAAGGGCCUUGCUAGCUGAGAAAUGUUCUGUAACGUCAAGACAUUAAUCAUCUCUUUACUAACAUAGUGGAACAACCAGAGGUUCCUCCUGGUUAUGUUACACCGAAGUCAAAUUUACCAGUUCAUCCGGAUCCAGGAUUUUACCGCUCUGCCAGCAUGGCUGCAGCUAUUAGGGCUAAAGAAAUUGAACACGAGAAGAAGACUCAGACCUUGCCACCAAUAAGAGGUUUCUACUUUAAUAAUUAUUUACCACAUAGCAAAAAUAAAUUUCCAAAUUCAUGCAUGUAAAAUUUAAGACUGUUAGCCAUAGGCUAAGUAUUUCUUUACCGAUAUAUUUGAGACUUCCUGCUCAAAGUAUCUACUAUAUUUGAAUUCCUCACACUGAAUAAAAUUGCCAAUUUAACCCUUCAAUCAGAUGUUGAACCAAUAGCCUUUUGAGAAGUGGAAGAGAAAAAAAUAUCAAUAACUUUAAGAUAAUUAGCAGUCUGAAUUAUUUAAAACCAAAUUCUUAAAGCUUAAGAUCAUAUGAUAAUAUGAUGAUAUUGUAUGGUAGACAUUGAACAAAAUUCAUAGUGGGAUCUUGGGAAUGAAAGGGUUAAGAGAUGGAUAGCGUUUUGCAGUACUGAUGAAUACUUUCAAUAUUUACCAUUAUCAUGAUUACUAUCCCUGAUACUGACUCUCUCUGGCACUCCAGCACGAGUUGCAAAGUUGUUAGACUAAGGCUGCAGCUAGUUAAUAGAUAAUUACUGAGGCAGUCAGCAUUAUGAGAUAUAUUGCAGCAAGCUAAGGGCAUAGCCCGAAGAUGGCUGCAAUAUAUCUCAUAACUCCAACUUCUGCAGUAAUUAUACAUUGUAAUUACUGACCCAUUGUAAAAUCCUGUUGUGCUCCCUCUGCAUUAUAUUAGCGAUUUCAGGUGCUUCCUUGUCGUUUGUUGGUAUGCAAACAUUGAAAUUAGUAUGAAUUCCCUAUUGGAGGUAGAAAUUGCAUAACAUUUUUUUUCAUCUUUAUGUGUGGUAAGAGAAUAUAAAUGUACAUUGUCAACACUUAAGGAACAGCAAGUGAAAUCUUGCAGGGAACAUUUCCUAAGAAAGUUGAAAAGAAUGUGGAGGGAAAGGAGGAAGAGUUGUUUGAGAAUCAUGUUAAAAAGAAUUAAGAAAAAGUCAUUUUAUUGGGCAUGUACUAAAAACCAGAAACAGCAAAACCAAACAACUGAAACAAAACUAGUGAAACAGGAGAAAUGACCGAACAAAAUAACCAAAACAAUUAGAAAAUUAAAAAAGAAAGAGUCAGUAAAAAUGAAAUGAAUGUCCAGAGGUGUCAGGUUUCAGCCAUCUUAUUCAUGUGGUUUUGAUGUUUUUAUGGUCUACUCCUGAUCUGUCUUACAGGGAAACUCAGUUAACUCUUGAUUGCCAUUGACUUGGCAUGAGGCCUCGAGGAAACCUUAAUUUAAAAAAUAAUUAAUUAAAAAAUCAUUGACAUAGAUGUUGUCAAUGAAUACCUUUAUCUGUUUUCCUCUCCUUUCCAUAUAUGCUUUGGUGUUUGAUAUGGCUGGCUCCAUAUAAGUGUCAACUUCUAGUUUCAACUUCUCAUGUGGUGGAAAAAAAAUUAAGUAUUGUGAGACAGCCCCAAGUUUUAAAAGCCUUAAAUGCAAGAGAAUGUCUGAUGUAAAUUCUACAUUUUCCAUGACAUUUCAUCCUCCACUUGUUUUGAUCAUUGUAGUGGUUCUGUUUUGGUUGUUAUGCUUGUUUCAUUUGUUUUGUUUUGGUCAUUUCGUUUCACUGUUUCUGGUCUCAAUACAUGCCAUUUUACUGGCCCCAGCUUAAAUUAAUAAGCCUGAAAAAGGAACUGGCAAAUUAAUUUCCAAGUGCCAACUCUAAAGAAAAUACUACUGUAAGAACUGCAGUUGUUUUAUUUUUUGAUCUUAGGCAAGAUGUCACAAGAAGAACUCUUACGAAGAACAUUAAAACAAAGUGGAGUUUAUUCAAGUGAAGCAAUUGAAGACAUGGUGAGCCGUAUGCAUGUGAGCAGCUCAUAUUCUGCGGUAAGGAGGAACAACUAUUGAAAAGAAAUUGUGCCUGGUCCACUGGAUCCUUAUCAUAGAUACUACAAUUUAGCCACAGCUUUAUUAGUGAUAUCGAUCAGUUACUCAUGUCAUGUUGUAGCUUAAUAAGAUGCUGAAUAUGAACAGCAAAAAACAAUUAUGUUGUUUAAUUUAGUGAAAAGAUUUAUGUUUAUUACAGGCACCAAUUCUAAGGACAGAUUCAACAAGUUCAAGGAGCUCUAUCUCAAGUGAGUAAAGUUUGUGUGGAACAUUACAUGUAGCUCAGUGAAAAAUUGCUUAAUUUGUCAUUGAUAAGAGACAGUGGUUACAAACUAUAAUUAAGAAUCGUUAUCAUACUAAGAACUUUUGUUAACAAAUGUAGUCGAAUAUAGUGGAAGAAAUUACAGGAGUCUUAAUGCUUUGAGAUUGGCACAGUUGUAUUGAUUUCUUGGAUUGCUGGCAUAAAUUUUCCAAUUAUGAAGAAUAAGAAUAGUUGCUUGCAUUAGCUAGGUGAUUACAGAGAUGUGUGUGCUCUGAGUGGUGGAAAGGUACAUGUAGGUUGCAUAUCCUAUUGUAAUCACUUUAUGCAAUGUGAUUAAAAUACUGUGAAGCAGUAAUUUUUAAAAUGACAGCCACACAAGUUGAUUUUGACUCAAUCUGAUAAAUUGCAUCAGCAAUAAUAUACCUAAAAACAGUAAUCUUCACAGUCUUGGUCUCUCUCUAAAACUUUGAAACCUUGAUAACCCUUAUAAUUAAAGUAAAAUGUUUGUAGAUCCCUUUGGGUAGAGAAGGCUUUUUACAUUGCUAAUGCUGUAAGCUCUUGCAGCUAUAUAUAUAUAUAUAUAUAUGAAUACAUAUAUAGAUAAACUGGACUUUUUCUUUGACACUUUUUUUUCUUCCAGCUAUCAGCAGUACUGGUAGUGGAAGUAGCAGCAGUAGUGGGAUAAGCUCAGGAAAUGAGGUAUUUGAAAAUAGCUGAAACCUAGUUUCAGGUUUCUUCAAAUUAUCCUGUAAAGGGGAGCACUUGAUACUCUGGGGCAGUUGUGGUUAUUCAUUGUGGUGAAGUUCAACAUUAAUACACUGUUUACUUGUUUUUCCCACAAUUUGUUGACUUCACAUCAAUCCUGACUGUGAUGAUACAUUGAUAUAGGUAAGGUUUACAUAUUCAAGCUGGCAGUGUCCCAUGUUGUGGGUGUUCUCUGAAAUGGGGGAAGAUUGCAUAUGAAAAGUCAGCCCGGAAUUCUAUGUGGGAUUCAAAAGUAAUUUUAUUUUUAAACAAUUUAUUAAUUGCACAUGACCACUGUGUUUAACUUACAGUUUAUACACCAUCAAGAGGACCCUAAAGAUGUAUGUCCUUUACAAGAAGAGGAGUAAGUAUUUAAAUUGAGUGAAUUUAGCCAAUGGAGGAAUAAAAACAUGUUGAUGUUAAAAUUACAAGGUAUAGUUAAUUUGUGUAGUGAAGUGUAACUCAUGAUAAAUAUUUGGAUCUUUCAAAUUUCACCCUUUGUCUCAAAAAACUGCACAUUGUAUUUUCACUUAAAUUUAUAUGUGCAGUAUAAUAAUGACUAAAAGCUAUUUUGAAAUCAUGGAUUGGAAACUCAAACAUAAAGUGCCAUUUCAACAUAUGCCUCAGAAAUUAAACAGGGGUGUAUAAACUUUCCUUAAAAAACAUUCGACCAAUGAUAGGAUCCAUACAAUAUAAGAAUGCUUAAUUUAGGGUUCUUACUAAGGUUUUGAAUAACAAGGACGAAGUUUGAAGAAGAGGGAACCGAAAUGGUGACAUAUCCAUGAUGAAAUGCUCAGUUUAUGAUCCAACGACUAAUUUUAAGGGCAGUGCAAUGAUCAAUUGUAACUGUCACAAAGUUAAAUCACAAACUGAUCAUUGCAAGUAUGCAAAAUACCUAACAUUAGCAAUGAAAUGAAUAAUAAAGGAUUUCAAUAUUUAGGAAAUGAGGUACAAAUACUAAUGACAACUAAUUGCUUGAAACUCUUUACUCUGUCAAACUAGCCAAGACAUAAAUUUAUACAUCCUUUAAAAACCCUGCAACUAGAUGUCCAGGACAACAUUUUUAAUUUUGUCCUGUUUUCCUUUGCUUUUUAGAAUACACCUCACUCGAGAAGAACUCUUUCAGAAGUGUAAUAUUAAGCCACACAAAUCAAAGGUAGAUUGAUUAUUCUUGCAGGGGAAAAUAUUAUUGAUAGAUAUUUAGAAACAGCAUUCUGAAUGCUAACAUUGCAGUCUUGUUACUGCAGGUAUGGCUUUAAGAUGUAUACAGUUAACUAUAACUUUAUAGUUGUAUAGUUACUGAACAUGCAGUAAGCUUAUGUCAAUCAUAAAUUUAAAGUAUUUCCAAACCUUAAGCAUGGCAAAGCAUACUAUUAUUUUGAUGCACCAUUAUGACAAAUUGCACCAUGUCUUCUAAUUUGUAUUCUUGUGUUUGUGCCUCAGAAACAUUUGUAUUCGUUGUUAUUAGUUUAAAAAGCACCUGUUGUUCAAAUUUUAUUUUCCCAAAUGCACAGCACCCCAAGUUAUGUCACUCAUAAUUUAUCAGUUGUUGCCUUCACUGAUAUUAUAGAGUCAUGAUGAUGACACACAAACUGGAGGUGCCCCACCCCCCCUCCCACGCCCAGAUUAUGAUAAAAAGGAGAAAAUCACAGGUUGGUUGUUAUCACUUUUGAUAGAUUUUCAAAUUUCAUCUAUGGUUUUUUAUUAUAAAUUUCCUCAAAUCAAAGAGGUUACUUUUUAAAAGAUGAGCUUUUUCAGAGAAAGUCUCUACAUAAUCUACAGAUAAUUCUAUAAUAUUGCAAUAACUUUCACUAACUUUUGAAUCAGAAGAUUCUCUUUUGAAACUGUUGUAGCUAACCAUAUUGGCUGAAUAAUGAAACUGUGUUUAAUUCAUAGUGCAUAUGGAAGUGCAAAUAAUUCUAGAAUAUGAUUUAGUAAAAUGACUCAGAUGUCCAAGCUUAUGGUUUUUUAGAGAGCUCAGCGAGGAGGCCUCAUCCAAGACCAAGACCUGGUACAACACCUGUGGACAAAAGAGAUCUUGAGGGACUAAUCAAACCAGGGCCUCCUCCUCCCGUAAAACGACGGAGCAGCGAGCCGGGUGAGGCUACCUUCUUUUGUUACAAUUACAAUAAAAGGAAUAAAUAGUAUUAAAACCAUCAAUUUUUCUUCAUUAUCCAAAUCAAGCUGUAAAAUGAUAUGUUUUCACCAAUUGACUUGACAUUGGGUUCUGUUAAAGCCUUUGGGUUCUGUUCAACAGUGGUUAUCGGUUAAAACUUUAACAACUGAAGGAAAUGUCAGAGUGAGACUUUCUUUAUCAUAUGAUUGUUUCUAUUUUUCAGCAACCUCAGUUUUAGAUCUCCAUUCCAAGGUAAUUUUAAAUGCAUUGCUUAUAAUUAAUCUGUUCAGUAGUGCUUUGAUUUUACUGUACUCAUAUUGAUACAUAUAUAUAUAUUUGUGUAAACUUGUCUUAUCAAAACCAUAGUAACCAAUUUCCUUUGAUAUAUCUUUUUCCUUGAAACAAAAAACACCAAUGACAAAUCUACUACCUCAGUAUGAGAGAGCUCCUGCCCGUAUCCCUGAGGAAGAUCCUCCACCUCCUCCUCCUGCUCCCCGAGGACCUUUGCCUUCACCUGAUGACUUAAGGCAGCCUAGAGCAGCACCAAGACGACCAGUAGGAAGUAUUGCAUUACCAGGUUUUCCCGGUAUGUACAAACCUUCAGUCAAUAUAUAUGCAAAAGCAUUCAAUCAGAAUGAAAACAUGCUCCAAUGUUUUCCUAUGGACAUUACAGACAACUCCAAAACAACUUUACUUUAACUUUAACGAAAUUUGUUACACGUACAAAAUAGUAUCGGCAACUGGAGAAAAAAACAGGAUGAUGUCCCAAUUGAUGUUCAACCCCAAAACUUUGUUAUGAAGCCUGCCAUACACCAUUCAAACAAAUGAUUUCUACCCUACAUGCCAAACUAUUACACAAAUUUGUCGAAACCAUGGACUUUAUCUUGUAGAAUGUUUUCAAAAGUGCAUUAACAAAAUGAAUGACUGAAUGCCUACAAUUUGGUACUGCCUUUUAAUUUGAGGUUAAUGUAUGAAUUGAUCUCUAUUGAUUUUAAAAUCGCUUUUAACAGAAUGUACUCAUUUCCUUUCAGAUACACCCCCUCCUCAAAUACAACCAAGGGUUCCACCACGUGUUCCUCCUAAGUAAACGUGUCAGUUUACAAGCUAUAAUAUUUUUCUUAACCAGAGAGUUGAUUUUAAAGUCUUUAAAGAUGUUAUAUUUAGUUAUAAUGAAUUAAAUAUAAAUGGAAGGCUUUAUGUGUAGCGUUCUAAGAAGACUUACAAUAACAAUUGAGUGAAGUUCUUAUAUGGUUUUUAAAAUUUUGGGUUUGUAAUCCAUCAUUACUUACGAUUUAGAAAUUGAUUUAUAAAUAAUGAUUUUUUUUAUCCCAGUAAGGUCGAGUGUAGAUUGUACAAUCAAGUAGUUUAUGGCAGAAACACCGGUAACAGUUAUAGAGUGUCAGACAAGAACAAUAGCUUAGAUUAGUUUAUCAUGUAUGACCAGCAGGACUGGUCAUGUCGUUUAUUUUACACACUUAAUUAGUUCCUUGAACCGAAAUGAACAUUUAUCACCAGAUAUUCUUGAAGUGGGGUCGAUUGGCAAAAAAAUGUUUAUGUAGUGUAGGUAUAAACUAACACUCACAGGAACUGAAUUGGUUGUUGUUCAUUUGCUUGUCUGUGUGUCGUUGUCUAUUUUUUUUUCUGUUGUUUCAGAUGAUAAUUGAAUAGAAGGAAAAUUUCCAUGCCUUCCAGCUUUUUUCUGAGAUGCAGUUGUGAGACUUUCCGCAAGGGUGUGUCAGGAUUCCAGAAAAUUAUAGGACAAUAUCCAAAGCCGUGAAAGGAUAAUGGAAGACAUCUAAAAAAACAAAUUGAAAAAGCUUUAAGUUUGAAGUAAAUUAGCUUUACCUCUGAAGCAUGCUGACCUCAGAUCCAGUUGAUCCAGUUGAUCCAGUUGAUCCAGUUGAUCCAGUUGAUCCAGUUAUGUGAAUUAUUUACGAGCAUAAGAGGGCAUGAGUUUGGUGCAUUGCCAAACUUUUUUUAGGGUGAAUUUAAUGGUGUUAGGGGCGGUUCUGUUCUGACCAUGAUUGAUAAAAUGGUACUAAGUGCUAACCAAGCUAGGCUAGGCCUUUUGUAAGCAUAAAGAUACUUUUUGCUAAUAUGUUGCUAUAUUAACUUAAGAUGUAUUAGGUAAGUAUUAAUAUUAAGUGGUUCAUUAUUUUUUAAGACAAUUGCAUGAAAAAAUUUUCUGCACUUGAACUUGAAGCGUGAUUUAGGGUUAUUUUUCACAGUUUUUUGAAAGUUAUAAGUCUUAUUUUGUAUAAACAACUUGAUGCAGUAACACUGCUUGGUUAAUCAAUCAAAUUAGACUGAAUGCUACUCAACAAUUUGAGACUUGACAAAGGAAGCUAUUGUACUUAUAAAUAGUGGCUUACAUAAAACUUCAUAUGGUGCAAUAGGUCAUUUAACGUACAACAUUAUAGUUGAAUCAAUGUGUAGGAAUGAUAGAAGUCCAUUUUGCUGCUUUAGUUUACCCAAAAUAACGUAUUUUUUACAGAUAUAUAGUUUUUCACCUUGAGAGCGACAUAUAAUGUAUGCCUUAAUAAGUAGGGUAGAGUA